GCUGUGCCGGCCAGACGACGCGCGCGCUCCGCGAUAUCGAGCGUUCAUUAAAAUCGAAAAACAAAACAAUCGAAUCGAAUCGGUGUUCGAAUUUCCGCGAAAAGUUUUGAAUUAAGAACACUGUUUGCAAACUUUGAAUCUCGAGUGGUUUCGGAAUGCUUCCGUGUGAAUAGUUUCGUGUUCGUAAUUCAAAUACGUGCAAGUGAGAUUUUGUGCGGAAGUGACAUCGAUUGAACUUGUGCUGUCUGGAAGGCCGAUACACGAGUGCUCGAUAGAAACAUCGAUUAUGGAUAUCAACUGACGGAUUACGCUUGUAUAAGAGUUAACACAAGAGAUUUCACAAUCCCACCACACUGAAGCGAUGAUGCGACGGUAGCAUUUUGCAAAAUACUCAAAAUGCUGGACGUAUCAGACACUAUAUCAGAAGCGAGCUUCGUGACAAGCUUCGAAGAGGCACCCUGUCGCAUCGACCAAUGCACACAGACGCCGCCUAGCGGCAAGGCGCGCCCCCGCACCCUGCAAAGGUACCACACCUCAGACCAUCUCUACGAGAGAGGCCACCGGAGGCCCAAGCACGAGUUGAGGCCUAAGAGCCUCUUCAGCGACUCCUGCCCGUUCAUAGGGAAGCCGCCAAGCUAUGAUAGUGGAUACAGUUCAAAAUUCAAAGUCACGGUGACCGACAGCCCAACGAUAUCGAUCACGCCGCCCCACAGCCUGGACUACGUCUGUGCCAAAGGAGGGGCAAGUCCGAACGGGAGUGCAACACCGAACGGGAUGGUACCCAGCCGGUCGCCGGCGACGGUGCUGCUGAACCCGGGGUAUCUGUCGCCUUGCCAGUGCAACCAGUCUAUGAAGAGCGUAAGCGAAGUCGCCCUCGCCAUGCCGGGGACUCCCGGGUACACUGGCGAGGAACCUGCGAACGGCUGGCCAGGCGGGUUGUCAUGGAGACGACUACACAUGUCCAGGGCCAAGCUGAAAGCCACUGCUACUACUUCGGAGCUAUUAUCAGGCUUCGCAAUGGUUGCGAUGGUGGAACUCCAAAUCAACGAACCCACCAACGUCCCAGAAUGGCUAUUCGUCAUGUUUGCAGUCUGCACGACAGUUCUCGUAGCCGUCCACAUCUUUGCCCUAAUGAUAUCCACGUACCUGCUGCCACAUAUUGAUGCAGUUAGCAAGAUGGAGAUGCCAGGGGCACCGGCGAGGGCUUUGAGGGAAUCGCCACAUGAAAGAAUGAGGGGGUUCAUUGAGCUCGCUUGGGCGUUUAGUACAGUAUUAGGUCUAUUCCUGUUCCUCGUGGAGAUCGCCAUACUAUGCUGGGUGAAGUUCUGGGACUACUCCUUCGCUGCGGCCACCGCAGCUACUGUGAUAGUGAUACCAGUGCUAGUAGUGUUCGUAGCCUUCGCGAUCCACUUCUACCACUCCCUAGUAGUACAGAAGUGCGAGUCGUCAGUGCAAGACAUCGAGCAGCUGGAGACCAUGAAGAGGGAACUAGACACAGCCACUGUGAAAGUUAACAUGUUCUAGAAAUUUUGAACUAUGUGGGAUUUUGAUAGUUUAACAGUUUGAAUGUUUGUCGCGCGCUACUCUAUGAACCAUGUCAGAGUUCGUGAAGCUUGAUAUUGCGCGCGUCACUGGUGGUCAAAGAUGUAGGGUUUCAAUAGCUUAAUACUUUGAACGCUGGUUGUGCGCGGUAUGCCAUCAUGAAAUUAAUCUUUCAUUAAGGUUGAUAUUAGGCUGUGGUCGCGCGUGACAGUUGUCGAAUUUGGCGGUCAACAUUUUAAACCGAGAAUGGUGCCGCUUUAUCGUCUUAAGGUAGUGUUAUGCCGCUCUCGCGUACGUGACAAACACUAAAAGUGAUAAAGCGGCCAUCUUUUUUUUAUUUAAACUACAUGGCUUUUCCAAAUUGAUGU